GCUCUAUCUAGGGAUGUUGUUGUUGACACAGUUGAACAUAGGCUUCCAAAUAUGCCAUUUGAUGACGCUACAUUUGAUGCCAUUUUAUUCAGUCAAGUCUUACAUCAUCUUGAUACAAACGACGAUAUAAAUGAAAGCCAGCGCUUCGAACAACUCGGGCACGCUAUUGCUGAAGCUGGCAGGGUAUUGUGUCAGAAUGGAACCAUGUUCAUUAUGGCAUCUACCCCGGAUGAUAUCAUGAACAGUUGGUACAAUCAUCUCAACAUGGAAAUUUCGCGCAAAUAUGUCAAGAAGUUUGCUUCAAUUCAUCAAUUUCUUGACCUCUUUACACUGACAGGUUUUACUUGUAUUCAGAAAAUGAAAUUGCUAGGCUCCGUUUUGGUAGACUAUGAUAACGCAGAAGGUCCACUGAACAAAGCCUGGCGGGACAGUGAUUCUUAUUGGGCAAUAGCAAACGAAAAAGAAAUAAAAGAUGUUGAGCAGAAAAUAAAUGCCUUGAAAAAGGAUGGUAAGGUUAAGGACUUUGUUGAAAAGCACGAUCGCGUACACACCAAUGGCAUUGCUACUUUAUUUGUAUGUAAGAAUAUAUAAGAAAUCCGUACUUGAAUUUUUUCCAUGUAUCAUAUAUUUCUGUAAAAAAAGGCGCUAGAAUAUGCCCAAAUUUCUACGGGCAUU